GUCGAAAAUGUCCCGUAUUAUCAGAAUUGACGAGAAUCACGUAGCGGGAAACCUGCACGAAGGAGGUGUGAAGAAACUGGUGACUGCAACAAGGCGUCCGGUUUUGGGCGAGCUUGGCAACAAAGUGCUACGCAAUGCAUCCCAAGAUUUGGUGGGAAAAGGGGCAGAAAAGGGAGCUGUGCUGAAGAAUACCAACCCGACGCUGAAGAAUAUCAAGCCUCGCGUAGACACCCGUUGGCGGAAGGCUGUGGAUGGAGUUGCCCCUGCGGCAGUCGUUCCCAAAAAACCCAUCACGAGAUCAGAAACUAUAAAAUCUACGGCAGACCCGAAAGCCUCUGCCAACGUGGAACCUGUAAAGGUGCAUGUGCAAUUGAACAAAGGCAACGAGGUAAAGCACGUUACGCUCAAGCGUCGUGAGGACAGCCAGCUGUCGAUGCGGGCAUUGGCGAAGCAAAAUCGUAAAGUUCAGCAAAAAAGCGCUCCCAGCAGUAGCGCAUCAUCAUCGGACGAAAAUGAAACCAUCUCGACGACCACCAAGAAACCCGAACGGCUGGAUACCCAUUCGCAGAAGCUAUUGGAAAGCAUCGAGAACAUUGACGUGAACGAUGGGUGGAAUCCGAUGUUGGUAUCGGAGUACGUGAACGAUAUAUACAACUAUUUGAACCAACUGGAAAGCAGGCCCGGAUAUGCCUUACGCGAAAACUUCCUAGAGGGCCAUAAGGAGAUCUCACACAAGAUGCGAACGAUUCUGAUCGAUUGGAUCAACGAAGUGCAUCAUCAGUUUAAGCUGGACAUCGACACUUAUCACAUGACAGUGUCGCUGAUCGAUCGUUAUCUACAGAAGGUGAAGACAGUUCCGAAGAAGAAGUUACAGCUGGUGGGCGUGACGGCGAUGUUUAUUGCAUCCAAAUAUGAGGAACUGUUUCCUCCAGAGAUUCAUGACUUUGUGUUCAUCACCGACGAUACGUACCAGAAACAUCAGAUUCUGGAAAUGGAGAAGGAGAUGGUGCGUGCGUUGGACUUCAACCUGGGCAAGCCUCUUCCAACACAUUUCCUGCGUCGGUUUUCGAAGGCUGCCAAGGCGUCGGAUGUUAAUCACGUGCUGGCCAAGUAUCUGAUAGAGCUUGCCAGCGUGGAUUACACCACUGCCCAUUACAAACCAUCCGAGAUAGCGGCCGCGGCAUUGUACAUUUCGUUGUAUCUAUUUCCAUUAUCCUCCGAAGAUGGAAAUAAUUCCAGUGGGCUCAUAUGGACCAAAACGCUGGAACACUAUACCCAUUACAAUGUUAGGGGCUUGUCACCGAUUGUACAACGGUUAGCAAACGUGAUCAAGUCCGUUCCCAAAAUGAUGGAAAAGAAACUGAAGUCCCCGUGGCUGAAGUAUUCGUCCUCCAAAUUUCAGUGCAUUUCGACGCAUCCUAAACUGAAAGGAGAAGAGAUCAAAGCAUUGAUUGUAAAUUAGCUACCCUUUUGGUAGUUUCAAUUU